AUGGGGACAUUCCUACCAUCCAAUGGCAACUUAUACAUUCAAGUGGCAGUUGAUUAUGUAUUCAAAUGGGUGGAAGCUGCAGGUUGUCCCACUAAUGAUGCAAGAGUAGUGCUGAAGUUUAUGAAGAAGCAAAUAUUUUCCUGGUUUGGCACUCCAAGAGCUAUAAUCAGUGACAGAGGUACGCACUUUAUUAAUACUUGUUUUAAGAAUCUUUUAGCUAAAUCUGGUGUUAGGCACAAGGUGGCCACUAUGUAUCAUCCACAAAUGAGUGGACAAGUUGAGGUCUCCAAUAGGGAGAUAAAAUUAAAGUUGUUUCUGGGUAAAUUGCGGUCUAAGUGGUCUGGGCCUUUUAAGGUAGUACAAAUGAUGCCCCAUGGAGCAGUUGAACUGUGGAACAAAGAGAAGACUGAGAAAAUUUUGGUGAACGGACCGUAUGUGAAGCAUUAUUGGGCUGAUAAUGGAGACAAGCACAACGUGUCCAUCACUUUUGCUGAUGAGUGA